GCCGGAGGAGACGUGUUGGGGCCGGGUUCGGCUCUCGUGAACUCUGACCCAAGCAUAUGAGUUUCUCUUUCCGGGACAAGAUGGCGCCGUCCACGCCGCUCCUUACAGUCCGAGGGUCAGAAGGACUAUACAUGGUGAAUGGACCACCACAUUUUACAGAAAGCACAGUGUUUCCAAGAGAAUCUGGGAAAAAUUGCAAAACCUGUACCUUUAGUAAGGAUGGGACCUUGUUUGCCUGGGGCAAUGGAGAAAAAAUAAAUGUUAUCAAUGUCACUAACAAGGGACUACUGCACUCCUUCGACCUUCCAAAGGCAGUUUGCCUUGAGUUCUCGCCAAAAAACACUGUCCUGGCAACAUGGCAGCCUUACACUACUUCUAAAGAUGAUACAGCUGGGAUACCUAACCUACAACUUUAUGAUGUGAAAACUGGGACGUGUUUGAAGUCUUUCAUCCAGAAAAAAAUGCAAAAUUGGUGUCCAUCCUGGUCAGAAGAUGAAACUCUUUGUGCCCGAAAUGUUAACAAUGAAGUUCACUUCUUUGAAAACAACAAUUUUAAUACAUUUGCAAAUAAAUUGCAUUUGAAAAAAAUUAAUGAUUUUGUGUUAUCACCUGGACUCCAGCCGUACAAGGUGGCUGUCUAUGUUCCAGGAAGUAAGGGUGCACCUUCAUUUGUUAGAUUAUAUCAGUACCCCAACUUUGAUGGACCUCAUGCAGCUUUAGCCAAUAAAAGUUUCUUUAAGGCUGAUAAGGUUACAAUGCUAUGGAAUAAAAAAGCUACUGCUGUGCUGGUAAUAGCUAGUACUGAUGUUGACAAGACAGGAGCUUCCUACUAUGGGGAACAGACGCUGCAUUACAUUGCCACAAACGGAGAAAGUGCUGUGGUGCAAUUACCAAAAAAUGGCCCCAUUUAUGAUGUAGUUUGGAAUUCUAGUUCUACUGAGUUUUGUGCUGUUUAUGGUUUCAUGCCUGCCAAAGCAACAAUUUUCAACUUGAAGUGUGAUCCUGUGUUUGACUUCGGAACUGGCCCUCGUAAUGCAGCCUACUACAGCCCUCAUGGACAUAUAUUAGUACUAGCUGGAUUUGGAAAUCUGAGGGGGCAAAUGGAAGUGUGGGAUGUUAAAAACUACAAACUUAUUUCUAAACCGGUGGCCUCUGAUUCUACAUAUUUUGCUUGGUGCCCAGAUGGUGAGCAUAUUUUAACAGCCACGUGUGCUCCCAGGUUACGUGUUAAUAAUGGGUACAAGAUUUGGCAUUAUACUGGCGCUGUCUUGCACAAGUAUGAUGUACCAUCAACUGCAGAAUUAUGGCAGGUUUCUUGGCAGCCAUUCUUAGAUGGAAUAUUUCCAGAAAAAGCAAUAACUUACCAAGCAGUUUCAAGUGAUGUACCUAGUGAAGAACCUAAAGUUGCAACAGCUUAUAGACCCCCAGCUUUAAGAAAUAAACCAGUCACCAAUUCCAAACUGCAUGAGGAGGAACCACCUCAGAAUAUGAAACCACAACCAGGAAAUGAGAAGCCGUUAUCAAAAACAGCUCUUAAAAAUCAAAGGAAGCAUGAGGCUAAGAAAGCUGCAAAGCAGGAAGCAAGAAGUGAUAAGAGUCCAGAUACGGCACCUACCCCUGCCCCACAGAGCACACCACGAAAUACUGUCUCUCAGUCAACUUCUGGAGACCCUGAGAUAGACAGAAAAAUCAAGAACCUAAAGAAGAAACUGAAAGCAAUCGAACAACUGAAAGAACAAGCAGCAACUGGAAAACAGCUAGAAAAAAAUCAGUUGGCAAAAAUUCAGAAAGAGAAAGCCCUUCUCCAGGAGCUGGAAGAUUUGGAACUGGGUAUUUAAAGAUUCAAAGAAAGCAAGUUGGUUACCAGAAAUCAGUGCAAACAUAUUUUCUGUUAAACCCAUUGGUGUACAUGGAAUAUUCAUAUGCCCACAUUUAAUGUUCACUUAUAAUUUUAACCAUUUAUCCAAGAUUCUGCAUAUGUGUGGAAUUAUUUAAUAAUGUCUGUUACAUUGAUUUUUACCUCCUGCAUCCUAUAUCAUGUCAACACAUGAUAUAGAAAAGAGACAUAUGAUUUUUUUUUAAGCUAAGCUUGACAGAUUGAAAGACCAAUGUCAUUGUUUUUUAGUAGGGGACAGUAUUUACCAUAUAAAUGAAUAAAGACGUUUUAAAUUUGAUCAUUGUUGACUUUGUUAUAAGUUCCUCAAUUAACAGAUCCUUUAUUAAUUUACAAGGCAAGUUUGGGAAAUAUUUCCUUUGAAUGUAUAAUGUGACUGUCUUGAUCCUAAACACUAUGUUAUCAAAUGUUAAAGAAACGCCUUAAAAUCAGGUUGUACUGAAUAUAUUAAAUUGUUGGGACUUCCCUGAUGACGCAGUGGUUAAGAAUCCGCCUGCCAAUGCAGGGGACACGGGUUUGAUCCCUGGUCCAGAAGAUACCACAUGCUGCGGAGCAACUAAGCCCAUGCACCACAACUACUGAGCCUGCACUCUAGAGCCUGAGCGCCACAACUCCUGAAACCCACGUGCCCAGAGCCUGUGUUCCUUAUCAAUAGAAGCACACCGCAACAAAGAGUAGCCCCUGCUCGCUGCAACUAGAGAAAGCCCACGCACAGCAAUGAAGACCCAAUGCGCCCAAAAAUAAAUAAAUUAAUUUAAAAAAAUAAGAUAAAUAUAUUAAAUUGUUUAUAUUAUUUGUAGUAUUUGAAGUAAAGUUUUUCUGACUAGUUCUAAAAAGUAAAUAUAGACUAAAAAUAGACAUUUUUUUGAUAUUUUAUUAUUUUUUGAUAUUUCAAAUAAUAAACCUGAUCAUUUAAUGAUGAGGUAAAUAUUUUCUAAACAUGAACUGUGAUCAUUUUGCUAUAGUCAUCUUGAUUGUUUUGAUUCACUCAUAUGAAGAAUAAAAGAUGUACUGAUAAUCCAAGACACUCAGCUAUCAAAACUAAUUUCUAUUUGGUUUUAGAAUCUAUUACUGUUAAUUUUUUUCAUCUGAUUUACAUUUGAAGUUAUUUUUAUUUCAUUUGCAUUGUUACAGGUUUUCAUUACCUAGAGCUAGUAUUUAAACUAAGUAAAAGAAAAGAAUCUAGGAAUACUUUGAGGGAUAUACACAAACAGAUAACUGAGUUUACUGAUGCCCCAAAGCUGCAAAUAAGAUUUGGUAAAGACCUAAUGCAUUAAAAUUUGAGUGGCAUUUUAAAUGUUUUGUGUGUGAAGUGAGUGUGGACAUACACACACUCAUGUACAUAUAAUUGCUUUCAACAUUAAUUUAUUUCUGAUAAUAGAAACUUAAGCUUUUUUAAAGUAAUAUAUUGCUUUUAUAAUAUAUUUAAAAAUUGUUUUUCUAAUAAAAUGUUAAAUAAUUCAUCCUGAGACAGUAUAAUGUUUUUUGGCCUGGCAGCCUAACAAUUUUUUUUAAUUUUAAAUUUUAAAAAUGAAUUACCAGUUUACACAGUUUACAGCAAAUAUAUUAAUCAUUUUUAAAAUGUUAACUUAAGGGAAUUCCCUGGCGGUCUAGUGGUUAGGACUCCACACUUCCACUGCAGGGGAAUGGAUUGGAUUGGUCUGGGAACUAAGAUCGCAUAUGCCCCGUGGCCAAAAAAAAUUAAAAAUAAAAUAAAAUGUUUAUUUUAGAGGUAGUAUCAUUGAACCUUUUGUUUUAGUCAGAUGCUUUUUAAUUGCUCCAAGGUGACUGUUCUGACCAAAAUUAGAUUGCUUGGACUCUUUUUUAGAAUUGUCUUUAUUUGUGUAAUCAUUUAAUCCAUUUAAUUUUUUCCAAAGAAAUGUUUUAUUUCUGAGCACAUAUCAAUAUAAAAAAUCACUGGGCUUCCCUGGUGGCACAGUGGUUGAGAAUCUGCCUGCCAACGCAGGGGACACGGGUUCGAGCCCUGGUCUGGGAAGAUCCUACAUGCUGCGGAGCAACUAGGCCCGUGAGCCACAACUACUGAGCCUGCGCGUCUGGAGCUUGUGCUCUGCAACAAGAGAGGCCGCGACAGUGAGAGGCCCGCGCACCGCGAUGAAGAGUGGCCCCCGCUCGCCGCAACUGGAGAAAGCCCUCGCACAGAAACGAAGACCCAACACAGGCAAAAAUUAAAUAAAUAAAAAUUUUUAAAAAAGACCAAAUUUUCCAUUGGCACUCCCAAUACUCUUCGCAAAUCAUCCAAAGCCCAGAUGCUAUAAUAAUCUUCCUAACACCCUCUUCCUGAGACUCCCCUUGAUUCCCUGUGGUGUGUGUUCCCUUUGCUGCAAUGAAUAAUAAAUGAAACUUUUUCAA